AUGAGCUCGCAACAUUUUAUACCGCCUGUGGUAAGUUCUACGUUUUGUAAUAACUUCGGUAUGAUCGAAGAAGAUCUUUAUCGCUCAGGACAACCCAACGAAUUGAAUUUCCCAUUCCUCGAGAAACUCGGAUUGAAGACAAUUGUUUGGCUUGCUCCAGAAGAGCCUAAUCAGCGUUUUUUGGACUUUAUAGAUGAUCAAGAAAUCCAAUUACACCAUUUAGGUGUUGUUUCUUCCGUUAACGCUUGGGAUCCUAUUACAGAGGAAGCUGUUCUACAAGCGUUGGAAUUGAUUUUGAACCCUUCGAACUAUCCCAUGAUGAUAAUGUGUAAUCUGGGUAGACACAGAACAGGCACAAUUGUAGGUUGUUUGAGGAAGUUGCAAAGGUGGAAUUUGACGUCUAUUUUUGAGGAAUAUCGUCGAUAUGCAGGACCUAAAGUCAGAUUACUGAACGAGCAAUUUAUUGAACUGUUUGAUACAGAUUUAGUAGCUAUACCAGAGAAUAAACCAAAAUGGCUGUAA